AUGAAGCUAGAGCAUGACAAGAUAGUACCCUUGAUAGAGGAAUGUAGUGCCAUUCUCAAGAGGAAGCUUCCUAAAAAACUAAAGGACCCAGGAUCAUUCAGCAUUCCAUGUGAAAUAGGACAGGGCACUGUUGGAAGAGCAUUGUGUGACUUGGGAGCAAGCAUAAACUUGAUGCCUUUAGCUAUCAUGAAGAAAUUAGGCAUAGAGGAAGUGAAGCCCACCAAUAUCACACUACAGCUAGCUGAUAGAUCAUACACUUAUCCUUAUGGAAUAGUUGAAGAUUUAUUGGUUAAAGUUGAUAAGUUUAUUUUCCCUGCAGAUUUGCCAUUUUGGACAUGGAGGUGGAUGCUAAUAUUCCCUUGA